AUGUCUGAUAUUUCAGCGGUCGUCUUCUCUCCGCAGAAUGUUGCUCCCACGAGGGAACACUUGGACCUAAUCCGUGCGAGCUUAAACCGACAUGAUACUCUCAGCCCGCUUCGAGAUGCUCUUCUAAAUCUCCCAAAGACAUGGGAACUGUUCGCAAAUAUUCGACUUGAAAUCGCUACCCUUCAACAAGGAAAGCUUUAUACCAAUAUGUUCUCGAAAUGGAUCCAAUCUGGCGAGACAUCCGAGUUGGAACAGACGCGAUCUGGAAUAGUGACGUUACCACUCUUAACAGUCUUGCAUAUCGUUCAAUAUUACGAGUAUCUUCAGGCUUCGGGGACUCGACACGCGGAGUUACUACGCACAAUUAAAGGUGGUGUGCAGGGUUAUUGUAUCGGCCUUAUGGCAGCCCUGGUGGUGGCAACUUCAGAAAACGAAAACGAUCUGAUAAAUAAUGCAACCGCUGCGGUGCGAAUCACACUUGGAAUUGCCGCUUUUGGAGAAAUUGGAUGUGACCCCUCUAACCAAUGCUCAACGACUAUGGCAAUUCGCCUGAGAAAGGGAACAGAAGGAGAUGAAACCAUAAGAGCGUUUCCACAGUCCUACGUGUCAGCGAUAUCAGAUACUCAAAGCAUUAGCAUCACAGCUCAUGCCUCAGUCAUCCCUGGCGUGAAAACAUAUAUCACGGAUUUGGGUUUACCCGUGAAGAUGAUGCACCUCCAGAGCAAUAUCCACAACCCAAAGAAUGAAUCGCUAGCAGAGGAACUCAUACUGUUCUGCAAUAACUCAACGGAGUUGCAGAUUCCUGAUAGCACAUACUUGCAAGUCCCGGUUCGAUCGAACCGAACAGGGAAGCAAAUAAAUAGCGGCUCUCUCACCGGAGAAAUAAUCAACACGGUCCUCACGGCCUGCUGUGAUUGGAAUAUCGUCAUGACACAACUUGCUACCGAUCUUCGAAAUACCAACCGUCGGUGUCACAAAGUUGCGAUGAUCGGCGUAGGAGAUUUUCUGCCACUAUCGUCAUUCCAAAAGAACAACCUCGAUAUCACCAAGAUAGACACAUACUCGGUUAUUAACCAAUUUGAUGGUCCCACGCGUGGCAUUCGCUUGAGCUCACAAGAAGAUUUUCCGUCUGACUCGAUUGCUAUAGUAGGGGCUGCCUGCCGCCUACCAGGGGCUAGUACCUUAGAUGAGCUUUGGGAGCUUCUAUCUAAAGGUGAAUCGAGGGUAGAAAGUCUACGUGAAAGUAGAAUUAAAAUCCAAGAGUCAUUCCGAGCCUCGCAAGACCGAAAUUGGGUUAACAACAGAGAAUGGCUCGGCAAUUUCAUUGAUAAUGUUGAGGAGUUUGACCACACCUUCUUUGGAAUAAGCCCCAAGGAAGCUGUUUACAUGGACCCGCAACAGCGUCUCCUCUUAUUAACCGCCUUCGAAGCCAUGGAUGCAAGUGGCUAUCUUCGACACCACCGCCGAGAAGACGGAGAUUCCAUCGGAUGCUUCAUUGGGGCAAGCUAUACAGAAUAUCUUGAGAAUACGGCAGCUUAUGCUCCAUCAGCCUUCACAGCAACGGGAACAAUUCGUGCAUUUAUUUCUGGGAAAAUCAGCUACCAUUUCGGCUGGACCGGCCCAUCGGAAGUAAUCGACACCGCCUGCUCAGCGUCUCUCGUAGCCAUACACCAUGCUUGUCGUGCUAUCCAGGCUGGUGACUGUCCCAUGGCACUGGCCGGAGGAGUUAACUUAAUCACUGGUAUCCAAAAUUAUAUGGAUCUUGGGAAAGCAAGCUUCCUGAGCAAAACUGGCCAGUGCAAACCGUUUGACGAGUCAGCAGAUGGAUACUGCAGGGGGGAUGGGGUUGGGUUGGUUGUGUUAAAGUCACUCUGCGAAGCAAUUAAAAACCAUGAUCACAUUAUGGGUGUUAUCCCCGCCACGGGCACAAACCAAGGAAGCUUAUCCCCUGGAAUAACAGUACCGCAUGACAAAGCGCAAAAGGCGUUGUAUCGGCAGGUCCUCCAAAAGUCAGCCAUCCCUUCUGAGAAGAUCACGUACGUGGAAGCCCAUGGAACUGGCACCCAAGUGGGAGAUCCCAUCGAGAUCGAUAGCAUCCGAGAAGUUUUUGGAGGUGGCCAUAGAUCGGAUAUGUUGACCGUCGGAUCUUUGAAAGGAAACGUUGGUCAUAGCGAAACUGCUGCUGGUGUUGCCAGCUUGCUAAAAGUGCUAACCAUGUUUUCACAUCGAUCUAUUCCGCCACAGGUGGGGUUUAAGCAAUUGAAUCACAAAAUCCCGGCACUGGAGCUAUCGAAUAUGCGAAUUGCGAGCAAACUUUUGCCAUGGGAGGCAACUCCUCGAAUAGCUUGCGUGAAUGGAUAUGGAGCCUCUGGAAGUAAUUCAGCAUUGAUAUGCUCUGAAUGGACAGUGAAGCAUCACAAACCGCCCAAAACAACUACACCUUACCCGGUGAUGCUGAGUGCCCAUUCGCAAGAAAGCUUGGUGGCAUACGCAGAAGUUCUUGCAUCAUAUAUUCAGAAGUCUGAAGGAGUUCUUACCCUCGCCGAUAUUUCAUUCACUCUCAGCGAACGUCGGAAGCAUCAUAAAAUUCGCUGGAGCACGACAGCUCGUGAUCUCCCCGACCUUGUCCAACAGUUGCGAUCGGGUAUAAACAAUGUACCAGAGCCCCCCGCGACUCGUACAGGAAUUGUCUUGACAUUCUCUGGCCAGGCAAAGACAAAUAUUGGCUUGGACCCUCUCUUGUGCGAGACCUAUCCAAAAUUUCGAGAAUAUAUAGAGCUUUGCAAUUCCAUUCUGCAGAGAAACGGCUAUCCUAGCAUCACGCCAGCGCUUUAUCAGGUCGAACCUGUUUCUGACGUAGUUGUGUUACAGACAGGCACCUUUGCCGUUCAGUACAGUUGUGCUAAAUGCUGGUUGGAUAGUGGAUUAAAAGUCGAUGCUGUUCUAGGGCAUAGCUUUGGUGAGCUGACAGCAUUAACCGUAUCUGGUGUGCUUUCAUUAGAGGAGGGCUUGCGGUUGGUCGCUAAAAGGGCGUCCUUGAUGAAAACAACCUGGGGAUUUGAGACCGGCACAAUGCUAGCAGUGCACGCUGAUAUUGAAACAGUUCAACGGGUGUUGAAACUUGUUGUGACUGGCUCCUCGGAUCAGAGUCUGGAAAUUGCGUGCCACAACAGUCCAAACAGUCAUAUCAUUGUUGGAGCAAAAACUUCAAUUUCGAAGGCUCAGACAGUAUUACAGGGGGGCCCUCAAUUCUAUGGCUUGCGUAGUCAACUUCUCGAUGUCAGUCAUGGCUUUCAUUCGACGUUUACUGAGCCUCUGCUUCCCCACCUUUCACAAUAUGCAGAGACAUUGACUUUCAAAUCCCCGACCAUCCCCUUGGAAACGUGCACUCAAUUCCCCGUGGACGAAAUAAAGCCCGAGUACUUGGCCAAGCACACUAGAUGUCCAGUUUAUUUCGUUAAUGCUGUCAGACGCCUUGAAGAACGACUGGGGCCAUGCGUUUGGGUAGAAGCAGGGUGGAACACUCCUAUUAUACCUAUGACAAAGAAAGCUCUUGCGCGACCAAAAGAGCACCACUUUCAACAUCUGAAAGAAUCUCCUGCUACAAUAUCAAGUGCGAUAGCCUUCCUUUUCCGGAAUGGUGUUUCUGCCUCUUGGUGGGGAUUUUUGUCGCCCGAUGACUCUGCUUUUCAGCAUAUUUGGCUCCCUCCAUAUCAAUUCAAAGGACCACGCCACUGGCUCACCCAUAUUGAUCGAGCAACCGAAGCACUGAAUUCCCAAGCACUAAGACUGUCUUCAGAUAAGAGAAACAAUAUACAUAGCCCGCCUAAACUUGCUGUCUACAUUGGUCCAGCUGAUGACAACAGCCAUCAAUUCCAGAUCAACACCAGCACGCAGAGGUAUACAAGAAUAGUCAGCGGGCAUGCUGUUCUCAAACAACCACUGUGCCCAGUAUCGAUGUACAUGGAAAUGGCAGUGAUGUGUGCCGAGCUGAACGGGUUCAAAUUUAGCGGAAAGACUAUUGGCUUCCAGAAUCUGGUCUUCCACAGUGGUCUCGGAUGUAGCAAUGACCGCGAUGUUCGGCUCACACUUAGCGAGAAAAACAAGCGUGACUCUUGGAAAUUUUCAGUGCACAGCUCCAAAAAGACAAACAAACCAUCAAGUAAUGUCAAACACGCUGAAGGGGAGUUUGACACGAAUGAGCCGGACUUUCGCUUGUAUGAGAUUUUGAUAUCCGAUCGCGUCGAUACCCUUAGGAAUGAUCCAACGGCGGAAAGAUUCAUGACUCGCACAGCAUAUUCCUUAUUUUCAAGAAUCGUUGAAUACAAUGACAUCCUACAAGGCAUCUCUUCCAUUACUCUUGGGUGUAACCAAGCUGUGGCAGACAUCCAAGUCCCGGAUACCGCCUUCGAUAAUAAUGAGAGUUCAGCCAACCACUUUAUGGAUGCUGCGGCAAUCGACACAUUUUUCCAGGCCGCCGGCUUACUUAUUAACACCAGCGGGGGUACCACUGCCGACGAAGCAUUUGUGGCUGCAUCAGUCGAAAAGAUUACGCUCCGGCCCUGUGACUUCCAUAAACAAAAGAAAUGGACUGUCUACGCGAUAUUUUUAAUGACGGACGAGAGUCAAGCAAGCGGUGACAUAUUUGUUUUUUCUGAACAAAAACAGCUGGUGGCACUUGGGUUAGGUGUUGUCUUUUCAAAGGUCCGCGUUAAAAGCCUUGCAAGGCUGCUAAAAGGGGUGAACACAGGGGAACGCUCUGUUGUCGAGACAACGCUGGUAUCUAACAGAAUACCAGUAGUAGAGAUCAGUUCACACGAAGAAAAAACUGUUCCUACAGUUAUACCCUCGACAUCCAUGGACAAUACCAAUGAAAAUCACAAUGCACAGCGCAAGCAACUUAAAGAAGUAAUAUCUGGAUACACCGGGAUUUCUACAACGGAACUUUGCGAUGAGGAAAGCUUUAGCAGCCUAGGCUUGGAUUCUUUGUCGGUGAUGGCACUGGCAGAUGAACUGAAAGACACAUUUAACAUCGAAAUUUCCUCAGACUCCCUCAUGACAAGCGAUAUCAAUACACUUCUGAAGUUUGCUACUUGCUCGGAGGAAAACAUGACUAAUGAUGAUGUCUCACUUCCAGGGGCCGCCACACCCCUUUCAUCGACAGAUGAUGAAAGCAGUGGCUGGGCGAACACUACGGUAAAAGGACAAAAUAGCAAGUACUUGAAUCGUCAACUCGAUGUACAUGAAAGUAAGGGCGUCAAUGGAACCCGACAGAAGUCGCGAGGAAGUACACGCCAUCGGGUUGAAACAGUCACAUACAAAGAGGUUGAUGGCGUCGAAAUUCCAGCAGACAUUUUUGUGCCACUCGAGCCACCGUCACAAGCGAUGCCCAUAGCUUUAUUAUUCCACGGUGGUGGAUACAUGACUCUCUCCAGAAAGGCUGUACGGCCAGUUCAAACCCAGUUUCUUCUUGCCAAUGGCAUACUUCCUAUAAGUUUCGAUUAUAGGCUUUGUCCACAGGUCAACGUGAUUGAUGGUGCAAUUUCAGAUGCGAGGGAUGCAUAUGCAUGGGCCAUUCGAAAGCUUCCGGCAUUAAUAGUAGAAAAAGGCGCCGUUGUCGAUCCAUCUAAAAUUGUAAUUGUUGGAUGGUCAACCGGAGGACACCUUGCAAUGACACUUGCAUGGACCACCAUCGUAGCAGGUCUUCCUCCUCCGGUGGCGAUUCUCGCGUUCUAUUGUCCCACUUUCUACGACACUUCGGAUGAAUCAUUGAGAAUGGGAAAGGAGUACCCAUCUCGGACAAUGUCAAUGAAUGAGAUCAGCCGGCGCCUGGAAGCAACAACGGCUACAGGACAUUCUUUUAGCAGCACUGACAACACUGGCCUUGGUUGGAUUAAGCCUGGUGACCCGCGUUCCGAGCUUGUCCUCGCACUUGUGCAAGAGAAAAACGGAGUAGCCUUGCUUCUGGAUGGUAUUCCGGCGCAUGGAAAUUCGUUGGAGGCACCAGACCCUCUAAAAGUGGCAAAGAUCAGUCCCAUUACGCAGGUGAACACUGGAAAUUACCACACUCCAACAUUUCUUAUCAUUGGCGACCACGACGAAAUCGUUCCAUUUCACACGGCAGUUAACUUUGCCGAGUCUCUCAAAGAGCACGGGAUUCACUAUGGCUUCAUUGCCGUCCCCGGAGCUAAGCAUAUACAUGAUUUGACUAUAUACCCAGGAUCUACCGAAUGGGACAACUGGGUAUUACCGGGCUAUAACUUUCUAUUCGACAUGUUAGACAGGCAGGCUUAG